GUCUGCAGUAAAUUUCACCAGAAGAAGAAGAAGAAGAACACAUGCCGACAGGUCGGACUUGACAACACUGACUUCCACAGUGAUGAGAAGAUAACCGAGUCCACGGUUUUGCUUUUAUUUGUGGUUCAAACAGCGCAGCCAUGUCCGGAGCGUUAGCGCGGCUGCUCUUCUACCCGACGUUAGCCUACAACGUUGUCAUGGAGAAGGUUUCGUCCAGACGGUGGUUCGACCGAGUGGACGAGACGGUGAUUCUGGGAGCGCUGCCCUUCAGGUCCAUGACCAAACAGUUGGUAGAAGCAGAAAAUGUUCGAGGGGUUAUCACCAUGAAUGAGGAGUAUGAGACCAAAUAUUUCUGCAACUCAAGCGAGGAGUGGCAGGCGGCUGGUGUGGAGCAGCUCAGGCUGAGCACCGUGGACCUCACCGGCGUUCCCAGCCUGGAGAACCUGCACAGAGGCGUGGACUUCGCCCUGCAGCAAAGAGAGCAGGGGAGCAGCGUGUAUGUCCACUGCAAGGCUGGACGAUCCCGCAGCGCCACACUAGCUGCUGCGUACCUCAUACGGUUGCACUGCUGGACUCCAGAGGAGGCCUGUCAGAAGCUGGCGUCUGUCCGACCACACGUCCUGGUGCGCUCGGCUCAGCUGGAGAUGCUGAGGACUUACUACCAGCAGGUGUGUGUGGAGUCCAGCUGAGAGAGCAGAACCUCAUUAUGUUCCCACUGAAGCUGGACGACUGGACUCAGCCUUGAUUAAAGACACAGCUGCUGUCUUUUCAGCCAGUCGUGCACAUCGUAACGAACAACUACUGAAGAGUGAAGGUCAAACAGAUCGUUUACACCUGUGGUUUUAAAUCAGAGUUACUUAGGUUUUACUGUACAUGGCAGGCUUUUAUUUGGUAAUGACAAAUCAGCUGGCAAAAAAGACAUUCAAAUCAUAAUAGCUGAAUUGUUUUUGUAACUCUGAAUGCAUGAUUUGGGCUAAAAUGUUACUGUUUUCCAGCCUCAUCCUCAUGUUUUAGCCAACGAUAUCUCCAAGUUCUGUAACACAAGCAUCACCGCUGCUUGUGUCUUUAAUUAUUAAACACUCCACUUCACGCUUAUUGCAUUUAGCUGCAAUUUGAACAACAAGGCGAGGACAUUUUAGUGAACAAUACAUAGAGAAAGCAGUAACUGUGAGCUAUACAAAACAUUUUAUGUUACUGUAUCAUGUUUUCCUACAGUGCCUCAUAACAUUAAAACUCUGUAAAUGAUGUGAAAUAAAUAUUUGUGGCAUAUGAA